AUGAAGAAUUUGGUGAAAAAAGUCAAGAGUGAACCAAGUGAGUUGGCUGAUUGUAUUAUAUCACAUAUCUUUUCCAAGUUAAGUUUGAAGAACUUGGUGAAAACUAGUGCAUUGUCCAAACAAUGUUAUCAUGAAUGGGGAUUAAGGAAGGACCUCAAUUUUGAUCUCCAUAACAUGUUGGACUAUAAUAAUCCAGAGUUACCUAAAACCCUUCCACUCUUUCAACAGCUUCAAUCUCAAUUUGCCACAAGAUUGGAUAAUUUCAUUCAGAAAUGUCACGGUGACAUGAUCAGUUCAAUCCUAAUCAAUUUUCCAUUAGGUUGGAAUAAUACUCGUGUCAUUAAUUAA